AUGAAGCUUUCUCCUGAAACGGUGAAAAAUCUCCAACAUAACACGGCCAAUGUCCGAAACAUAUGCAUUUUGGCACAUGUGGACCAUGGCAAAACAUCGCUAAGUGACUCAUUGUUGGCCACCAAUGGUAUCAUCUCACAGAGAAUGGCUGGUAAGGUCAGAUACUUGGACUCUCGAGAAGAUGAGCAGUUGCGAGGCAUCACCAUGGAGUCGUCGGCAAUAUCACUCUAUUUCCGAGUGAUGAGACGUAAGGAGGGUACUGAGGAGGUGGAGACAAACGAGCAUUUGAUUAAUUUGAUCGAUUCUCCUGGCCAUAUUGACUUUUCCUCGGAGGUCUCCAGUGCCUCCAGAUUGUGUGAUGGAGCAGUGGUGUUAGUGGACGUUGUGGAAGGUGUUUGUUCGCAGACAGUCAAUGUGUUGAGGCAGUGCUGGGUGGAUAAUUUAAAACCGCUUUUGGUGAUCAAUAAGAUCGACCGUUUGGUGACCGAAUGGAAACUUCUGCCUCUUGAAGCUUAUCAACACAUCUCCAGAAUUAUCGAGCAGGUCAAUUCAGUUAUUGGCUCGUUUUUUGCCGGCGACAGAAUGGAGGAAGACUUGAAAUGGAGGGAAGCUGGAGCCACUGGCGAAUUCGUAGAGAAAUCCGACCUGGACCUCUAUUUCACACCUGAGAAAAACAAUGUCAUUUUUGCCUCAGCCAUGGAUGGCUGGGCCUUCUCCAUUAACACAUUUGCCCGUAUUUAUCUGGCCAAGUUGGGCUUUUCGCAUAAAGCGUUGUCCAAGACUUUGUGGGGUGAUUUUUACUUGGAUAUGAAGAACAAGAAGGUGAUUCCAGGCAACAAGUUGAAGCCGUCACAGUCCAAUCUCAAGCCAUUGUUUGUGUCUUUGAUCUUGGAGCAGAUCUGGAACAUCUAUGACGCUUGUGUCCUCGAACGUGACGAUGAGAAAAUUGAAAAGAUUGUAGCCAAGUUGGGUGCCAAGGUGUCUGCCAGAGACUUGCGCUCUAAUGACUACAAGAACUUACUCAACCAAAUAAUGUCCCAGUGGAUUCCUCUCAGUCAUGCUUUGCUUGGUGUGGUGAUUGAGUACUUGCCUAACCCACAGACUGCUCAGCAGGAAAGAAUCGACAAAAUCUUGGAUGAAUGUUUGUACAGUGCCAUCGGCGAUGAAAUGGUCAAUAAUGCCGACUUGCUUGACCUUGAUUUUAAAAACUCAAUUACCAACUGUGAUUCUACGCUGCCCGAAGAUCAUACUUUAGCAUAUGUAUCCAAGAUGCUCUCGAUUCCAGACAGCGAACUCCCCAAGGAAGUGACAGUAGCACCCACCCAGGAAGAGAUUGAGGAAAGACAAAAGAGGGCCCGUGAGCAGGCCAAAAAGGCUUCUGAAGCUGCUGCAGCGUUGGCUGACUUGAAGGUUUCGCAGGAUAGUGAUGAGAUUUACUUGGAAACUAAGCCAGAUCAGUUUCAGUGGGAGUUCGAAGAGGACGAAGAUGAUGAGGAUGAUAAGCCUCUUGAGAAAGAGACCUUGGUGGCCUUUACUCGUGUAUAUUCAGGUGAAUUAUCUCGCGGCCAACUUGUUUGUGUUGUUGGCCCCAAGUAUGAUCCAUCUUUGCCAAAAGAUCACCCUAACAACAUCGAGCAGCUCACAGAAGACAUUGAAAUUGAGGAUCUUUUGCUUAUUAUGGGCAGAGAGUUUGUCAGGGUCGACCUGGUACCUGCUGGAAAUAUUGUGGGUGUGGUGGGUUUGGGUGAUAUCAUUCUUAAGAAUGCAACUAUCAUGUCAGAAGUUCCUGAGGAGAAGCCAUACCUCAAUCUUGCGUCUACUUCAACUUUGAUUCACAAUAAACCGAUCAUGAAAGUGGCUAUUGAGCCUCAGAAUCCACUCAAGUUGUUCAAGUUGGAGAAGGGCUUGGACUUAUUAUCCAAAGCAGAUCCUGUCUUGGAAUGGUAUGUCGACGAUGACUCCGGUGAGCUUAUUGUAUGUGUCGCUGGUGAGUUGCACCUUGAGAGAUGCUUGCAGGAUUUGGAGAAGAGGUUUGCUCCUGGAUGUGAUGUGGUAGUCAAGGAACCAGUUAUUCCGUUCAGAGAAGGUCUCGCCUUUGAUGCCCCUCCAUCCCCAGACUCCAAAGAAGUGCUUGAAGAUGUUGAGGCAGAGGUUGGACUGGAUGAGGUGGAGUUGGAUAUCGAGACAUUUCCAUUGCGGCCAGAAGUAACCAAGUUUUUGAUUGACAGCGAAGAGGAGAUCGAUGCAUUUGUCUCUCUCAGACUCAAGCAUUCCAUCGAGGAUGCCAUGGCACUUGCGCAGACUUUCCGUGAUAAGUUGGUGGAUGUGCUCGAGAAAAACCUCCUUGACACUAAGGUCAUGAGCAUUUUCGGAUCCAUCGAUGUUUUUGUUGACAACAUCAUCAGUUUUGGCCCCAAGAGAGUGGGACCCAAUUUCUUCGUGGAAGACCCACAGAACAACAAGCAAUUUCGCCGAGUGUUUGUGACCGAGAAUGAAGAGAAGUUUGAGUUCGAAUCCAAUGUGCUUAAUGGCUUCCAAUUAGCUAUGAACGAGGGGCCCCUUGCCUCGGAACCCAUUCAAGGCACUAUCACAGUGUUGCAUAAGUCUUUCCGCCCAGAAAGCGAAGAGAUUUUACUUAAUCUCCCUGGAAGGGUGUUAAAGCGUACACAACAACUCGUGCAUGCCGGUUUCUUGAAGAAUGCUCCACGGUUGUUCCUCGCGAUGUACACUUGUGAAAUCCAAACGUACCCAGAAGUGUUGGGUAAAGUGUAUGCCGUUGUGCAGAAGCGUGGAGGCACAAUCAUAUCUGAAGAAAUGAAUGAAGGUACUCCGUUUUUCAUCAUCAAUGCACGUAUCCCAGUCGUGGAGGCAUUUGGAUUCUCAGAGGAAAUCAGAAAACGGACAUCGGGAGCCGCAAGUCCACAAUUGCUUUUCGAUGGGUUUGACAUGUUGGAUAUCGAUCCUUUCUGGGUUCCUCACACCGUGGAAGAGUUGGAGGAUCUUGGAACGUUUGCUGAAAGAGAGAAUGUGGCCAGAAAGUACAUGAACAACAUUAGAAGAAGAAAGGGAUUGUUUGUGGAUGAGAAGGUGGUGAAGAAUGCCGAAAAACAGAGAACCUUGAAGAGAGAUUAA